AUGCUCGACAAGGCCGAGCGUACCAAGCUGCCUGACGAAGCCAAGUUUGCAUACCGGCUGAUCCCGAAAGCUACUCCUGUUGUUCUCGACGAAUCCACGGACCAUGGACUGCUCGAAAGCGAAGCCGCGCGGGAGCUGAUGAAGGACAUCAAGCAUGUUUUUCACUUCAAGCAGCUUGUUUAA